CCUGACUCACAAUCGAGAAGUUAGUUUUUUUCUCGUUGAUUUGUCUUCUAUUUUCUUACCAAAAUGGUACUAGAGUCUACUGUUGUGUGCGUCGAUAAUAGUGAAUGGACGAGAAAUGGCGACUUUUUGCCGACAAGAAUGCAAGCACAACAAGAUGCCGUUAGUUUAAUCUGUCAUUCUAAAACACGACAAAAUCCUGAGAAUAAUGUAGGACUUAUGACCCUUGCCAGCCUGGAGGUAUUGGUGACUCUAACAACAGAUGUUGGUAAAGUCUUGACAUGUUUACACAAAGUCCAACCUAAAGGAGAUGCACAUUUUCUAACUGGCGUAAAGAAAGCACAUUUAGUUCUCAAGCACAGGCAAGGCAAGAAUCAUAAAAUGAGAAUCAUUGUGUUUGUAGGAAGCCCUAUUGAAUCAGAUGAAAAAGAGAUUGUCAAACUGGCAAAAAAACUUAAGAAGGAGAAGGUCAAUGUGGACAUCAUUAACUUUGGUGAAGAGUCCAUCAAUACUGACAAGUUGACUGCUUUUGURAGUACUCUGAAUGGGAAAGAUGGUAAUUUAAGUCAUCUUGUUUCCAUUCCACCUGGACCUGCACUGUCAGAUGCAUUAAUAUCAUCACCAGUAGUGGCAGGAGAAGAUGGGGCAGCAGGCAAUCUUGGAGCUGGGUUUGAGUUUGGUGUUGAUCCUAAUGCGGACCCUGAACUUGCUCUGGCUCUACGUGUUUCUAUGGAAGAACAAAGACAAAGACAAGAGGAAGAAUCCAGAAGAACAGCAACUGCAAGCCAAGAAGCUCCAACAACUCCCGGACAAGUUGCUGACAGAGAGGAAGCCAUGCUACAGCAGGCUCUUUCCAUGUCAGACACACCAGAGGUGACAGACACACCUGUACCAGUAGCGACGCCUAAUGUUGACUUUGGAUCUAUGUCUGAGGAGGAGCAGAUUGCAUAUGCAAUGCAGCUAUCUUUGCAGAGCAUGCAAGAUGCAGAUGAUGGAGAUAGCUCAAGGCCAGACAGUCAUGCUAGGACUGAGUCUCAGCAGUCUGGUGCUAGUGCCAUGGAAACUGACAGCCAGGCUGAUGAUAAAAACCAAGACUUCUCUGAAGUAAUGGCUGACCCAGAYUUCCUACAGAGAGUCCUGAGUACACUCCCAGGCGUGGACCCCAGUAGUGAYGCCAUUCAAAAUGUAAUGGUGAACCUAACACAGCAAGAUAAAACACAGGAUGAAGAUAUGGAGAGUGAUUCUAGUGAUGCUAAAAAAACUGACAAGAAAUAAUCUUAUGCUUGUAAAUAAUAACAUUGUCUUGAGUUUAGAGUGUUUUGCUUUGAAAUARAUUAAAGUAUGAAAAGUACAGGUG